AGGUACUACCUACAUCGGCUACCUACAUUUUCGGCUGUGGUAUAAAUAUCACAGAAUUUUUAAGACGACUUCAGUAUGGAAACUUCUGGCAUAAUGAAAUUACUGAUUGCUCUGUUUGCGCUGGUGGCCACUGUUGUGGCUCAGAUUGGAUAUGGCCAAGGCGGACAAGGAAAUGUUGGUGGACAGGGAGGACUCGGUGGACAGGGAGGACUCGGUGGACAGGGAGGAUUUGGAGGUCAAGUAGGAUUCGGUGGACAAGGAGGAUUCGGUGGACAAGGAGGAUUCGGUGGACAAGGCGGAUUCGGUGGACAAGGCGGACUCCAUGGAAAUUUAGGUUACGGCGGUCAAGCUGGAUUAGGUGUUGGUCAAGGAGGAGUACCUCCGGUUCAUGGAGUAUUCAGUCCACAAGGACCACCAAAUCGAUACGAGCCCGGUUACGGAAGUGGUCCAGUUGGACCUGGUCAUCCUGGAAAUCAUAAUGAAUAUCCGGACCAUCAUCACCACGAACAUCACCAUCGUGAACACCAUGAACACCACGGCCAUCAUGACCAUCACAGACACUAGUAAAGAGAUUAUCUCUUAAGUACUCCUGAAUGUACAACAAAAUACUGAAUUAAAAAAUAAAAUUCAUUAUUACAAGCAA